CCAUUGUCAUGUGGCUGACUAUGUGUAUAUCUAAGGGCCCUUAGUUCCUCUUUCAACUACAUAAAAAGGGUGUAGUUUUAUCUGGGUUGUGGAUUCUCGGUGCAACUGCUGAAUCAGGAUUCCUUCAUACAUCCAUUUAACUUGGGAAAAUUUUUUGUUAGUCGUUUUUUACAUGAACAAUCCAUUAAAGGAUCAAAGUUGGAGCUUCCUAAAAAUGGUUCCUUUGAGGACUCGGCUAUCUAUACUUUUUCUUUUUCAGGCAUACAUAAAUGUUUUAGUAGUCUGGCUAUCUAAGUUUCUAAUGUGCUAUUUUCUAAAGUGGUCUGUUUUGAUCUUGAUUUCUGAUAUUUUGUUUAACAUUCUCUGCUGGUUGUUACUUUGAUGCAUUUAUCAUCUAAACUUGACGAACUUUAAAUUGCUUCUGUCUGCUAUAAAAUUGAGAAGUACUGAUUCAAUUUCUGCUACUGAUUUGGGAACUCUUCGGGGUAUAUGACUAGUCAAUGCUGAAGAUUGGCUUAUUGGUUCAUGCAGCAUUUUGCUCCUUACAGAAUUGCUAUGCUUGUGAAUUGCAGGACCUUGGGCAUAGUUUUGAUGACAAGUGUGAAAGCAGACUUUACAUUGGCAAUCUCGACUUAAGGAUAACUGAGGCAGCUCUUAUUAAGAUGUUCUCUCCAUUUGGAAAGAUAGUAUCUGAAGACUUUCUGUGGCACACAAGAGGCCCUAAACGUGGAGAGCCACGUGGAUAUGCUUUCGUUCAGUUCAACACGAAAGAGGAAGCUAAAUUGGCCAAAGAGAAGAUGCACGGGAAGUUGGUUUGUGGUCGGCCUUUGGUUGUUCGCCUUGCUAGUGAGAAAUACUUGAUGGAUGCAGCAAGUAAUUCACCUAAUGCAAUUGGGGACUCAAGCAAAUCAAGCCUCGCUGGUAGCAGUUCAGGACAAGUGAAUCGAAGUGCAAAAAUAGCUGCAAUAAAGAACAAAUUGAAGGCCAUGGAAGAGGAGGGCGGGAACCCAAAGAAACAGAAACAAGCCGAUAGCAUAUCUUGCACGGAGUAGAUGGAGAAUCCUUCAUCUGUUAAAAGAUAAUGGACAGAGAAAUCCAACAAUUCUGGCUGAUUAAUGUAUAAGCUAUUUGGGUUCCUUUUGAAGUCAACAAUUGUAGGAGAUGAUGGCAAUAUAGUUUUCUGGAGACAGGUAGAAAUUUCGUUUUGUGGGUUAAGUCCUUUGGAAAGGUAGACAACAUAGUCAACAUUAUAUGGUUUGUAUGUAUUAACUUUUAGUUCUGACAGGAAUGUAACUCAGUAUUGGAAUCCCCUUUGUUUUACGCAAUUCAGAGACUAUGCCAAGUAACAACUAACAACUGACAAUA